GUGAGAUGUCUAUGUUUAUAUCAUGCUCUAUAAGCUGGGAGGAUUUGGCAUAGUUCUAUGGAUAGGUAACAUCGACCAAUAAGUCCCGCCGCUUUCCGCCGGCAAACUAUGUACUUCAUAGCAUACGACACAUACAUAUUCACUCCCGCGCGCUGACUGAGUCACAAUAUGAGAUAUGAUCCUUCUCUUCCUAUUUCAGCCGCAAGACUAGGCUAUGGAUUUCUAGCCAUGUAGCCCCCAGUAUACGCAGGUAGGUAUCCCUCGAAGAUAAGGCGUGCUUAUUACUCCAAUAAAUAUAAGCGUUAAAAAGCAGCACUCAAUGUUGGCCGGGAAUGGCUUGACUUAUGCUUUACCUGUAUUAAAUUUAUCAAUCAUUAACUAAUCGGUAAACCAUGCCUCUCGAACUCCAACCCGCCACCGAAGCUGACGCGCCCCGAGCAGCCGAGAUCGAGUCUGCAGCAUAUGGGCCGAACCCGUUCAACAAGAUCCUAUUCCCGGGGCCGUUCCCUCCGGAGGCAGUGGCCGGGCGCGGCGCUCAGCUGGCCGCCGAGCUCAAGAGGGACCCCACCGCGCGCUGGCUCAAGGUAGUCGAUACGGAUCUGCCCGAAGGCGAACAGAUGAUUGCUUUCGCCAAGUGGCACAUUUAUACCGAGAAGCCGCCACAGCCAGCGCCUCGAUCGUUCGGCCCAGGUUGUAACGCCGAAGCGUGCGAGCUUGUAUUUGGAGAUAUUGCGAAACUAAGGUCGCGUAUCUGGGGCGACAAGCGUUGCGUCUACCUCUCGCUCCUCCAUACAGAUCCCAAACACCAGGGCCGGGGCGCGGGUAGCACGUUAACUAAAUGGGGUAUCGAGGAAGCUAAGAGGCUCGGCCUUGUUGUAUACCUUGAGUCUUCCUCGGCAGCUCACUCGUUAUAUGAGAAGCAUGGGUUUCGCGAUAUUGAGGUCCUGACAGCCGACCUGAGUAAGUGGGGUGCGACGGAGGAGCAUAAGACAUGGUCGAUGAAGUACGAUCCGUCUGGGAUUGCUAGUUGAAGAGUAUUCCUGUUCAUUAUAGUAGUAGGUAUAAGGUAUAUGUGAUGAGAAAAUAGGAAACGUUGAUACCUUUUCAAGUUCACAAAGUUGUUGUUUGACUUUAUAGAAUCUUACAAAUACAGGUUACCUGCGUAAUGAGCAAACCUUCUAAAGGUUUGGUAUCUAUUCAAACAGGUAUGUAUGUUGAUCGUCAACCUACCUACACACCUCAGUUGUAAAUGGGUGGAGAUUUG